AACGCUGGAGGAACACAGAAGCCAACAGAACGGACUUUGUAGAGUGAAGCAGGAACUUUGUGCUGGGGACAUGAUGGCGUUAAAGCAGGAGCUGCUGAAGCCCAUCUGGCAUGCUUUUAUUUCCCUGGAUGUGGAUAACAGUGGUCAGGUCUCCAAAUCCCAGCUCAAGGUGCUCUCUCACAAUCUAUGUACGCUGCUUAAUGUUCCUAUUGAUCCUGUGUCUUUAGAAGAACAUUUCCGAGAUGACAGUGAAGGGCCUGUAUCAAAUCAAGGCUACAUGUGUUAUCUGAACAAAUUCAUCCUGGAUAAAGUUCAAGGUGACUUUAAUAAGGUGGAGUUUUAUAAGAUGUGUUGGACCCUUUGUGCCAAGAAAAACCUCACAAAAAACAAGUUGUGCAUCAGCGAGGAUGAUGCAUUUAAAAUAUGGACUAUAUUUAACUAUUUAUCAGAAGACAAGUAUCCACUAGUCAUUGUUCCUGAAGAGAUUGAGUAUCUACUGAAGAAGCUGACAGAAGCCAUGGGAGGGGGGUGGCAGCAGGCUGUCUUUGAAGACUAUAAAAUUGGUCUGCACGACAAACAAGACGGGCUGUCAGUCUGGGAAUUCAUUGAAUUAAUUGGAAGUGGACAGUUCAGCAAAGGAAUGGACAACACUACAGUCUCAAUGGCCAUCAAUGAAGUCUUUAACGAGCUUGUAUUGGAUAUCCUGAAACAGGGAUAUUUAUGGAAAAAAGGUCACAGAAGGAAGAACUGGACAGAACGAUGGUUUGUGCUGAAACCAAAUGUUUUAACCUAUUAUGUCCGUGAAGAUCUGAAAGACAAAAAAGGAGACAUAAUCUUGGAUGCAAACUGCUGUGUGGAGUCUUUGACAGAUAAAGAUGGGAAGAAAUGUUUAUUUCUCGUGAAAUGUCUAGAAAAGACCUACGAGAUCAGCGCAUCUGAUAAAAAGAAAAAACAAGAAUGGAUUCAGGCAAUUCAGACAGUGGUUAACCUGGGGCGAUUAGGUCUUCCCCCACCUCACAAGGAAGCACGACAGAAACGCAAAGCUCUAAGACAGAAAUUGCUAGCAGAGCAAAAAGAGCUAGAGCAGAAGAUGAAAGCGCUCCAGACGGCCAACGAGACUAAGCAACAGGAACUGGAAGCUGUGAGAAAGCAAUUGGAGGAAGCUGCAGCCAGAGCCGCCGCAGAGGAAAAAAAACGUCUCCAGACUCAUGAUGAGUUACAGGAAAGGUAUCAACUGGAACUCCAACAGGAACAACUGAUUCGGCAGCAAAUGGAAGAGCAGGUUGCACAGAAAUCCUCUGAAUUAGAACAGUAUUUAAAAAGAGUGCGGGAGCUUGAGGACAUGUAUCUUCAGCUGCAGGCGGCCCUAGAUGAUGAAAAGCAAGCACGGCAAGAUGAAGAGACUGCUAGGCUUCUUCAGGCACAGCUUCUGGAAGAAGAGGCAGCUAAAAGGGCAAUGCUAGAGAAGUUACACGUGGAGCAGGAGAUGGCCAUUAAAAUAACAGAAGCGGAGAAGAAGCAGCUGGAGGAUAUCCGAGAAACCAAGGAGAAGGCUUUGGAGGAAGCUAUGAGGCAGCUGGAGCAGCUAGAGAAGGAGCGUAUAUUAGCUCUGCAGCAGUAUCAGGAGGUUUCUAAGAACCUUGAAAUAGCAGCUAAGAAGACCAGAUCGUGGAAAGACAAAGUAGCUCAUCAUGAAGGAUUAAUUCGUCUAAUACAGCCAGGUUCAUCUAACACUGGCGUAAUAACAAACUGGGGUCCAUCCACCUUCACGCAAGGGGAGCUUCAGCAGAGAGAAAAGAUGUGGCAAGAGAAGAAAAAUGCCAUCGCUGAAUAAUGUUUGAUGCCCAUGGCAACCUACUUGGGACUGCUUUGCUCUCCGUACAACUCUACAAUGUAUAUAUUCUACAUACAAACAAGUUUUUUUCUUUUCAGAAGCACGUGAUCAAACCUCCAUUUUAGUUAAGAAAAUCUAUAUUGCCUGAAACAAUAAAAAAAACUUUAUUAACAUGUCUGUAGCUGCAGACACACACACGCUGAACAAAGGCAGAUAAACACAGAGUUUAGAUUAAUAAGUAACUACUUAGCUAUGUGAUGCUGAACAACUACACAGUGCUUUUAGAAUAUUUUACAUGCGGAGUGUCUAACCUAAUUCAUCCUUUAGUGCUUCAUUCACACAUGGAACUUUUUGGCUCAUAUUGUUGCAGAAUUUGUCAAAUUAUAGCUCAGAACAUGGUUUUCAGUGUCUGGUGAGCUAUGCUUAUUAACAAUGGUGGUGCUAACUGAUUUAAAGGGACAUCAUACUAAUUUUAUUAUUUUUUUAAAAUUUGCUUUAUCUAAAUUAAUAUAUUUUAAAAAUACAUGACAAUUAUUUGACAUAAAAAACUAAUUUCCUGUGCUGACUAAACCUAUUUUUAGUGUCAUGCUUGUGGAGGCUUGUCCUUAUACACCAAUAUAGCUGUAGGAGUGAGCAUGUAUAAUAUGUUUAACACUGACAUCCUUAUCGUUUUAAAGAGCUUUUGUUAGUUGGAAAAAAAUAAUUGCUGCUAUUUAAUAUUCAUUGGUUCUUUCUAAAAUUGAUGUCCAAUUUGCUUACAAAUUGUUUUUACAACUUUUUUGUUUUUACUUCUUUAACACAUUUUACCCGCAACUAAAAGCCCCAGUUCCAGUA